AUGCCUUCAAGAACAGAGGGCUUUGGACUAACAGGACUCGAGGCAAUGUCAGCUGGUCUCCCAGUGCUCGUUAGUAGUAACUCUGGUUUUGGAAAAGCACUGCGCAGUGCAGCUUUUGGUUCAUCAUUUGUGAUUGACUCAGAGGACCCCGCGAUCUGGACCCUAGCCAUUCAGAAUAUCUGGUCCAAGGACAGGGAAUGUCGACUUGAGGAAGCGGUGACCUUGCGUGAUUCCUAUGGCAGGAAAUACAACUGGGCCAAACAGAUAAAAGAGUUAGUUGACAAGAUGAUAAGCCUGACUCACGGUAGGAAUCUCGAUUAUCAUUUCUUCAAUGAUGCAUUAUCAGGAAAUGAUAGAAAACAAAAACAAACAAAAAUACGAUACCUUACAAGUUUUGCCCUGAAAUCUUGGAAAAAAUGCUCUCGAAUACCUAUCUCUAUGCUGAUAUCAGGAAAACUGUAACGUUAGUAAUUUCUUCAGGUAUAUUAUUUUCAGCAGAAUUGUCUAUGGAGGGGGUCGUCAUAGCCAUGGGUCAUAGGCUUAAUUUGCAACACUUCACAUUCAUAUGUGAUUAUAGUCAUACAUACAUAAUCACCACUUGUUUUCGUCCGGCCCAGUUUGUUUUAACAGAAGACUCUUUAAAGCCCCGGAGCUCCUUAGAAAUAAAGCGUAAAGCUUAUCAGAGGACAGAGGGCAUGGCUGAGGACCUUAAAGGUAUUUUCGUAUGUAGCAUGCGUAGCAGUCAUUUCCGUCUACUUUUAACCAAGCGGGAGAUUCGCGGGAGGCGUGCGAGAGCGGGCAAAAAUCUAGGGGCGGGGAAGGAAUUAAAACGCCCGCCGCUAAGCUUUUAUUGCGGGAAUACACAACCUGAUAUAUCGUGCCUAACAAAAUGUCCGCCUCGGGGACGAAUGGGCCGCACACCUGGAAUUGACUGGGUCUUCAGUUUCAGAUAAAUUAUUGUUGAAUAUAUGAAUCUACUAGUUUGCAUUCAAAUAAAUUAUUAUUGUAACCAAAGCUUGUUUACGCAGACCCAAGAACAAACUCUUAUGACGACGAGCAGCUAUUUUCAGAAACGUCCCUUGGUAGAAACUGUGAAAAGAAAGCUGAUGCUGCAUCAGGAAACCAAACUGAAACAUCCACAGUUAAAGUGUUUCAGUCACAAAAUAGCCGUAAGCAUAAAAUGUCAGAAUCUUCUUGUGAUCCAGGUAAGCAAAAACAUGAUUUGUUUCUCUUGCUAUCGCCCAUUAGUACAUCUACGGGCUGGUUGGCGGGGAGAGGGGGCGGGGGGGGUAGUGAGGUUUCUCUUGCUAUCGCCCAUUAGUACAUCUACGGGCUGGUUGGCGGGGAGAGGGGGCGGGGGGGUAGUGAGGUGAUUGUUACAGGACUUGCUACCUUUUAAGCUGUACCAGUGCAAAUCUUCAGUCGUUGUAAUUGUCUGCACACAUUUUAAAACCAGAUGUUACCUUGGGCUCGCGAAAAACUGUAAAUCUGGGAACCGGUUUAUACUCACUCAAAUGACGAAGACUAAAAUAAUUUUCUGGCGAUAUUUCUGGUCUCCUCAAUGAAGAUUUAUCUUUUAAUCAAUGACACUUUAUUUGUUCUCAGACUACCAGGUUAUCAACGCCUUAGUUUGAUCCCUGACAAUCUGCGAAUCUUUCCAGACGUUAUUGUUUACAUUUUUCUCAUUAGCAUAUGAGUUAACCCGUGGAAGGCGUCGCCGUCUAAGCAAAUAAAGUUGAAAUGUUCAGAAAGCUCGUGAACUUGAGAAAUUAAUUGUGGAGUUUUUAAGUUUUAAGUUUCGUUGUUUCCGUGUCAUCGACAAGACAAUUUCAUUUAAUAGAAAUUUGAAAAAUGUGGCGCUUUGUUAACAAAAUCCAUGGGUUGAAAAGAGUUCAUAUACCUAUUCUAAAAUUUGAAUCACAAUAAUUAAUAAUGAAAAUUUAUUUUAACAUGCGAACUUGCCUGGAAACAAACAAACAAACAAAAUGUUCAUCAUAAAUAAGUCAUAACUUUAAAAAAAGAAAAUGGAAGGAAAAAGAUGUGUCAAAGAUACCUCAGCAAGAACUUAGGCCCCGUCCACACGUAUCCGGAAAUUUUUGAAAAAAAAGGAGAAAAAAGACGCAUUGUGGAGUAAACUGGCUAAGAGCAAAAGGCACAAAGCCACCUUUAAUUGAAUAUCACGACUUAAAUGUCGGUAACAUGUACAAUCGAUAUCAGCACAGUAAAAGAGAGGGCACAAAACACGCCAAAUGCAAUCAGCCCUGUGUACACAAGUCGAAAGAUCAAUGUUAAAAUCCAAGUGACGGAAGAAAAGCCACCCCUUGUUAAUCAACAAUGUGUAUAUCAUUUUCAGUGUAACCUGUCUGAUACAGGUUAUGUCGGCUACACGUGCCGACACCCUCACCAGCGAAUUGAAGAUCACUAGGGAACGGCAAUCGGAAACCGCCUGAGGGAUCAGCCAAUAUGUCACCAAAUGAAAUUGCGCCAAAUUUUAAAACUUGAUUGUCUUCCCGGGCGGGACUCCCAUAUGGAAGGGGCGGGGGAGCUCGUCGGAAAUUUUGAAUUAAACCCCUAAAGGAGACCAAUCAUUUUCAACUUUGAUUACAUGAAUCGAGUAAAUAAAACGAACUGAAAAUAUAUAUUCUUUUAAUAUUUCUAAAACAGAAACCUUUACGGCUAAAUGUUUCUGAAAUGCUUUUUAUCAAAAUUCCAAUUCGAUCUGGAACGCAAGGACACGUGUAAACCAGUUUAUAAGAACUCUUAAGUGCUUUGUCGGUAAACAAAUUUGGCUAUUUACAAUUUAGAAUUCAAUUUACAAAGAACUGAAACCAAUACUAAAUUCUAUCCACGGAAAAUUAUUUUAAUAAGCUUUAUUGUUAUUUCUUUUCAAUUUUAUGAAUAUUUUAUCACUCAUUGUUUACAUAAAUUAUAUAUCGCAUCUUAAUGUUAAUUGACCACUCCACAAAAUACCAUAACAUACCAUAAUGGUCUUUUUUUUGUCACCCUAAACGUUUCCAUAACCAUUGUUUUCAGUUUCUUUUGGGGCAAUUUUAACUCCCAAGAGAAACUGAAGACAAUUCUUAUGCAAAAUUUUGGGGUAACAAACAAAUAGCAUUAUGUUGUUAUAGUACCUUCUGGAGUGGUCAAUUGCAUUCUUACCUUUUAAAACAUUUUUAAACCGUUUGUAAUAUUAAUGCUGAUUUUCUAUUUUUUACUCGCAGGUGAGAAUGACCUCGGAGAGGUCGAAACGUCGUGACUUUCUAUCGCUAAUUUUCAUCACAAAAUGUAGAAAUUUCUAAUCAAGAAGUAAUAAAACAAUUAUUAAAUUCGUCUUUCGUAUAAGGUGAAGAUUUAUGCUGAUCUCUGAGACUGUUUUCCGCUAAGGCCGAACAAUCUCCUUGACCUGCACAAUUCUUCAGUCAUACUCAGGCUCAUUCAAUAAUUGUCAAAUAUUUCAGUCGCCGGAUGGGUAAAAAAAAGGAAAAACACGUCAUUCAAAUUGUUGUAUUCAAAGGUAGAUUCUCGGAAAAAAGUAAGUUUUUUUUAAAAAAGCCGAGAUGAAACGUACUUCUGACAAACAUGCAAAACCUCGACGAAAGCAAACUUGUCAUUAAGACGCACUAACAAAUAUUUUUAUGCACGUAAAUGCGUUUUAUGCACUUUAGCCGAUUUCAAACACUGUUGCGAAUUGUUAUCUAAGGUCUUCCUUCUCACAGUUCCUUUCUUAAUUUCUAGGCGCCAUUGUUAAAGUUCUUAAACUUAUAAUCAGUGCCCCAGAUCUAAGCGAUGAGCAACAAGAAAACUUGGAUGACAUUUUAGAACUUCACGCAAGCAAAUACUUGAUCCACCAUAGUCCUUCAACACCUGAAGGUUUAAGUGCCUUUUUUGAACAUCUUGUGGAGGUUCACAAUGUGACUGUGAAGUCUGUGCAAAAGGGGUCUUUGAUAUUAACAGUGGAGUGCCCCACUCUAGAGAGUCUUGAGAGACUAUGGAAUGACCAUCAACCGGGUUGCCUUAACGAUAUCGCUGAAAGUGACUUGGUGACUGAUGAACUGAAGAGAAAGCUCGAGUUGGACCAUGUCAGAUUGAGGAUAACUAUAGAACAAGAAAACUACUUGAUUUGUAAGAAAGCUCUUAUGGAAAUCUCAGGUGAGCUGGCAGUCUCU